AUGCAGGUGCCACUGAUAAUCCAGUUCAGGUGCUUGAGGGUCUUUGCCCGCAAAAGUAAGAUAGAUAAAUCGUCUACCCCUGCGGAGAUGUCAAUAGCAAUAGCUGCAAAGGGUGAAUGUGAGGUGGAUUUGAUAAAAGCGAGUUCUCUUGUAAGGAGCCAGGGCGGAAACAAUGUAGUUUUUGUGCAAUGCCCAGUCACUGCGGCUAUAAAAAUUACUGAAGGUCGAUUGCUUUUAGGUUGGAGUUCAGUUCACAUUCAGGUGAUAGAAGAUGGCCCUCUACGAUGCUAUAAAUGUCUAGGUUUGGGCCAUAUUAGUGUGAAAUGUCCGUCGAAUGUGAAUCGUAGCACGUUACGAUUCCAAUGUGGAAAUAAUGGACGUCAAGCUGCUACAUAUACAGCGGCUGUAGUGCACUGCGCUGUCUGUGGCGAUGCUGGUACGUCAGCGGACUACAUAAUUAGGGAAAGAAAAUGUAAUGCUCCUGUUGUGAAGGCGAAGAUGGCGCAUUUGACUAGAGGGCUCAGCGCUGUAAAUCAGGCUUUGCCUCGGGAGGCUGAUUUCUCAAUUAGGUAG